CAAUCCAAUGCAUAUUUAUUAGCGAAAUUGCUCAGUAUAAAGCCGGAUAAAUUGUAUGUGGUGCCAUCGCUAAGUUUAUACGGGGCAAUUGCAAUCGGGGAGCGUGGCACGGAUAAGAUAAUUCCGACGCAUUUAUUAUUAAGAACAAAAGCUAGUCAAAUUUCGAGUGAGUGUCAAGCAUGUGUGUCAUAUUCUUCUAUGCCAAUUCGCAGCCCAAUGCCAAUGGCUAUAAACUCAUCUUGGCCUCCAAUCGCGACGAGUUCUUUGCCCGUGAUACACAAACGGCAGCCAAAUGGUCAAAUGGCGAUCACGUCUAUGGCGGCAUUGAUCUGGAACCAGGACGUGAGGGCGGCACUUGGCUGGCUAUUGGCGGCGGGAAGGGCGUCUUCAAAGUGGGGGCUCUGCUCAAUUUAACUGGCGAGCCAAAGCCUCGCAAUGCAGUCGCGCACAAAAACAUUUUGCAACCGCAUAAUAAUACCAAGAACAGCUGCCAAGAGCAUAAAGAACGCCACACAAAUAACGAACAUUUCUUAUUAGGACGCGGCAUGAUCGUAGCUGACUAUGUGCGUCAAACGGAUAUUGAACACAAUAUUGUAAAUUAUAAUCAAAGUCUGCUGGCGGACUGCACCAAGUAUAGUGCAUUUAAUUUUGUCUCCAUUGAGAUUGGCUCUGACGGACAGCCGGCUCAAAUCAAGCUGCUGAGCAACGUGCCGCCCACGCUGUUGCCCUUCGAGCAGGGGCAAUGCUAUGGAUUUGGCAACAGUUUGCCCGAGUGCCCAUUCGAAAAGGUGCAAUACGGCCGCAAGCAAUUCGAGCAGAUUGUAAAGGAAUUCGGCCAAUCGGAUGUGGAGACUCUGAGCGGCGAGCUGCUGCAGCUGCUUAAGAACAAACACAAAUUCUGGCCGGAUGCGGAACUGGAGAGACGUGCGCCCAGCUGGGGCGAAGGCCUGAGCGCGCUCAAUGUGCACAUCGCCGAGCACGGCUAUGGGAGCCGUACCCAUUCGCUCAUCCUGGUCGAUGCGAACAACAAGAUGCAUUUCAUUGAGGAGACCAUGCGUGGCCUCGAUCCCAGCGCCGAGUGGGAGCACACACAUAUUGAAAAACAAUUCGAAAGCUCUUAAGAAACGCGCAUCACUCUAAUUUUACUAAAAACAUUCGAACGGGCAGGCUGUAUACUUAUAGACAAAAUAGAAAACACCAAAUAGUAACCUCAUAUGGAACUACAUUACCUUACAAAAUAGCGAAGAAAUCGUUGACGCCUUAAUCUGUCUGACUCCCAAAUAAAAUCAACUCAUUCAUGUUUGAAAUAAACACGAAUUUGCACUACAAAUUUGUCUGAAUAUAUCAAAUGAAAGACUGUAUCCAAUAUUAGAUAAAUACUAGUUCCCUAAGGCUCAUAACUAUAAUUUACAACUAGUAAAUCUAAACGUGCUCAUUUGUGUAUGUUUAUACAAUAUAACUAUAAAAAAAAAAAAAAAACACAUGCAAAUAACUAA